GUGCAUUGCGAUGCGUGUCAUGUGACAGGACUCUGCGAGAAAUGCCAACAUGGAACCGUGGCAAGGACGAUGUUCUUCCCAACAAUAACACUGAAAGAGACAUCUGGAUUCAUCCUAUGUCGUACAUCUACAAGCCGGAUAGUUCAAUCCAUAUUUACACAAGUGUUUACAAACCGUGGCAAUAUCUUCAGCCUUCCUCUGAUCUGCACACCAACAAAUGGUCUCCAUAAGUGACAAAGCGGUGGCCACUGCUAAUGAAUCGUUCGCGGACCAUUCCUUGGCCACCUUGCCUUUCUUCGAGGUGGGCGGCAGUGAGAGCAGCGAGAGGGGCAGCUCCAUCUCAUGCUCCAGUCCCGAAACCGGAGAUGCUGGAGCUCGACUCAGCUACAGCCCAGGGGAGGAAGACGAGGAUGAAGGGCCGCUGCAGAUCUUUUUAGACUCCACUGAGGAGUUGUUGACUCAGCAGCCCAAGCUGCCUGAUUUUUGUGAGCUGCCCAGCACCUUCUCUCCAACCCUGGAAGACAUUGAGGAAUUCUUGAUGGAGAAGAUGGAGCUGGUGAGGGAUGCUCCUCUGAGUCCGGAGGAAAAGUUAAAGGAGGAUGAGCCUCCCAUGCAGCCGUCUUCCCCCAGUGACGCAGAGCCGAAAUCCAACACGGCGUCACCGGCCCCUGCUGCUCAGAGUGUUAACGCAACGGCCAGUGCCGCGCCGGUGCUCGUUGGUGCUCCAUUUGUGCUUCAGUUGCAACCUCUCCAGCUAAGCCACGCCCUCCAACAGCCAGACACCCAAUCGGGUGUGGCCAACGGGCUCAGAGUGGCCCACCUGGUGCUCGGUGUCCAAGGGGCACAGAACAUUACCCUUCUUUCACCACAGGUGCCCUCAGCAACUUUCCUCCCCAUCAUGGGCGAGGCCGUCAAUCAAGACCAAAAGUAUGUGAAGAUCGCUCCACUGCCCAUUGCCGUCAGGGCGGUCGGGAUAGCGGGUGCAGGCCUGGUCAAAGCCAUCACUCCACGUCCAUCCAGGUCCUCCACGGAAACCUUGCGGGUACACAAAUGCUCUCACCCAGGGUGCGAGAAGAUGUACACCAAGAGCAGCCACCUGAAGGCUCAUUUCCGCAGACACACAGGGGAGAAACCCUACCUGUGCAGCUGGCCAGACUGUGGGUGGAGGUUCUCUCGUUCCGAUGAGCUCUCCCGCCAUCGGCGGUCUCACUCGGGAAUCAAGCCUUACGAGUGCACAAUGUGUGACAAGAAGUUCGCCAGGAGCGACCACCUAUCCAAACACACCAAGGUGCACCGGGGCCCUCGUGCCGGCAGACUGGUCAGGGCAAACGUCUGAUCCCGGGAUAAAACUGGAGUGUGACUCCUGGAGUCUGAGAGGGAAAGCUAUGAUAUCUAAAGGGGCUCACAAGCUGUAACCCUCCGCCUUCAUUUUUGUCUCUGUUUCCUCCCCCAACUUUUUUAUCGUUUAUCCAGAUGUUUGUUUUUCUUGGUGCUACAGUCAGCUAACUUGAAACUCAGGGAUGUGAUUGUUAAGCUCGAAGCAGAUUUCUGGCUUUUUAGUGGGUUAAAGUAAAGCUCACAGUCGAUUUCGUCGCGUUUCGUCCUUCGUUGGUGUAGAGAUACAGGUUGAGCUGCAGCAGAUUAUGAAAUCUGUUUUUAUUGCCUUUAAACCGAGGUUGCAGGAAGUCUGGAGAUCUAAAGGACAAUACGGUGUAUUAAUUUGAGGAAACGUGUUUCUUGUACAUUUUUGUGAAUAUUGUGUUUUAGAUCUAACCAGGUGAAAAUAUAAAAGGAAUACAGUAUUUUGGUUGGCUGUAGCACAUUAACUGAAGCCAGAAUGCUGCAGAAUUUCCCUUUCUUUUUAAUUAAGACAAUAUGCACUAUGAUUUAGGCUGUAAUAUUAUGCAUUAUCAAAUAUGGCCUCUAUCAGGGUGAAUCUCAAGAAAAAUGUCAAGAAAUGCAAUAUUUAGUCAUAUUUUAGCUGAAAAAUGCAUUACAUGUUGCAUAAAGAAAAGGUUUUUCGACAUUUUUGUGACAUUGUUUUUUAUAACAGUUAAGUAUAUUUAACUCUCAAAAUUGUCAGCUGUCAUGCAAAACAUCUUUUUUUUUUUGACUGUAAUCAAUACAAAAAACAUCUCAUUUUCAUUAUCAUAUUAUGAAAAAAAAUCUCAUUCUUAUUACAGUAUUGCCAAAAAAAUUAUAUUUAAAUUGUAGUGCACAGUACAAUUCUAAGAAUAUUAGUUAUUGAAAUUAAUUUAUACAGAUUUCUGUUAUCAAAACAAACAAGAUAUGAUGAUAGCUGUAUUACUUUAAUGAAAAUGAGAUUUUUCGCUUUAAGGUAAUGGGAAUAUGGUGUGUAAAUGCACUUAACUGAAAAUAACACCACAAUGCGAAAAAAAUCUUACAAUAAGCUUCAUUUUAUUUUAUUUUUAUUUGACAUUUCUUCGUGAGAUUCACCUUAUUGAAGUACUCUGGUGGAGUACAGCUCUUUUAAAUGAAUUGUUAUGAUUAAGUCUGAUGCAGUUAUUUGUGUUUUAAAACAUAUUUAAAGGGUUAGUUUACCCAAAAAUGAAAAUUCUGUCAUUUAUUACUCACCCUCAUGUCAUUCCAAACCCGUAAGACCUUCAUUCAUCUUCGGAACACAAAUUAAGAUAUUUUUGAUGAAAUCUUUUUAAAAAAAAUUUUUAUCCCCCAUAGACAGCAAUUUAACUACCACUUUCAAGGUGCAGAAAGGUACUAAAGACAUUGUUAAAACUGUCGACGUGUUUGAAGUGGUUGAUUGAAGUGGUUCUCGUCACUUCAUAACAUUAAUAUUGAACCACUGUAGUCACGUUGACUGUUUUAACGAUGUCUUUACUACCUUUCUGGACCUUGAAAGUGGUGGUUAAAUUGCUGUCUAUUGAGGAGUCCAAUACCUCUCGGAUUUCAUCAAAAAUCACUUAAUUUGUGUUCCGAAGAUGAUUGAAGGUAUUACGGGUGUGGAGCGACAUGAGAGUGAGUAAUUAAUGACAGAAUUUUCAUUUUUGGGUGAACUAACCCUUUAAGUUUUGACUUUUUUCCGAAUGUAUCGAACGUUUAGUCCCCGCCCCUCGUGCAAAAUUUUCUCGGCCCAAUCACAUCCCUGUGCCAGCUGAAAGGUAUUUAUGCAUCAAGUUGCUUUCCACGUUCUUUUCUUGUGCCUCAUCUCUCUCAGUCUGUUGAGAGUGUAUGCCAAACCAACGCCCCUCCUAUGUACGGGGCCGUGGAUAACAUCACUACACGUAUGGAUCGAACUUAUGUACUGUAAAACAUAUAUAAGCUAGAAACAAUUUUCUCUUCGACCUGUAAUCACACAAAGAAAAUUGUUUCCUUUAUGUCGUCGUAAUGUGCUUUGCAUUAGAUCAAUGCAUUUUUUCUACUUAGUGCCGUCACGGUUGAUAAGCUAAAUCGCUGAGGACAGUUGUUACUGUUCAUAAAAACUGGCAGCUGUCAAAAUGAAGCUAUCUGGACAUCAUUAUACCGAUACGUCAUUCAACAGGCUAUUCUAGUAUCCAUGGGACUGUGUUUGAGUUUCUUUCUUGAGAAGGUUCAAGUUAAUCUACCACAUGGAGUGAAUUUGCUUGACAUCGUCUUGCCUUUGUACAUCUGGUCUUAACUACUUUAUGCAUUUCUUUUCCCGCUCUACUUUAGUAGCUCAUGUAGGCUUUCAUGAACUAUCAGGUGCUCUACAUACUUAGUAUCUGGACUUAUCAAUACUCUAAUGUUUGUAGCAGUUUCUGAAUUAUCAUGUAGGUACAUCAUUUGUAAUAUCGCACGAGAGCAUCCUGAUUUACAGUGUUUCAACUAGUACUAUCAUGUACUUCCUGUUAAGAUAGACUUUUUUUUUCUUGUUCUCUUCUCCUUUUUUUUUUUUUGAAGGGAGAUGUCUGUUUUUAUGGGAAUUAUAACGUUAUUCCUUUGCAAGGGCUCAUUCUUGAUUUUUCUGCCACCACCUUCAUCCCAAUAAAAGUGUUAAAUUAUUUCCUAUA